CUGGGGAGCGCGUGUGGGGCGGAGGACGAACGGCGACGAUGAGCCGGCGGUUCCUGUACAUGGUGCUCAACAACUACAUGCACGCGCCGUCCGCCUGGUACACGCUGCACCGCAUCGACCCGUCCCGCCUCUUCUACCCCAGGGGCACGCCGACCCCCGCGUCGCCGCCGCCGCCGGAGAACGAGCGCCUGCCUGACCCCGCCAUGAGCUUCUACCCUCCCCACUCGGCGCACGACGCCGGGAGCAUGGAGUUCGCGCUCCUCGGCGGCCGCGGCAGGGACAGGAUCGUCGCCGUGGACCACACGGGGCGCGCCGUCCUCUACGACGACUACUCGCACGCCGUCCACCCGCUGCCCCCCAUGACGGCGCCCAAGUGGUGCCCCACGCUGUCCCUCGCCGUCGACGGCCAGGACGGCGCCUACAUCAUCGAGGCCGACCCCCAAGCGGACGGCCCCGGCCGGCGAUCCGUCGAGGCGCUCACGUACGACCACAAACCCGUAGAGGGCGAUGAAGAGGACGAGGGCUGGAUGUGGCGUCCGCGCGCGCCGCCGCCCUUCGUGCGGGCGCCCGGCUACCGCGACGACGAAGGAGACUGCGAAGGCAAGAUCACCUGCCACGCGGCGGAGGGCGCGCGUAUCUGGGUCUCCACGGCGUGCUGGGGCACGUAUUGUCUCCACACGCCGAGCGGCGCGUGGAGCAAGGCCGGCGACUGGGCGCUCCCUUUCCGGGGACGCGCCGUGCCCGUCCCAGAGUACGCCAGCCGCCUCUGGUUUGGCGUCUCGGCCUCCGGCAACAUCUGCGCGUCCGACCUGGACGCGGCCGCCAACGAGGGACGAGCGCCGGCGGUGGACCAGGUGUGGGACGGCUUCGCGGUGCCCGAGGGAUUCCACGACCUGGAGUCGCACUCGUACGUGGUGCACCUGGGCGACCGCCGGCUCUGCGUCGCCAAGUUCUUCGAGACGACGCGCCAGGAGGCGUGCGAUGACUGCAUGUGCCGCUGCUGCUGCCAUGAAAGCGUCAGCGAGUGCGCGUUCGCGAUGAUCACCGGCGUCGAGGUGGAGCCCGGCGCCGGCAGAUGGCAUCGCUUGAUCAAGCACAGAUCGCUCCGGUACAGCUUGGGUACAGACAGGGUGCCCGUGUGUGUACUCUAG